CUGCCUGAAAGGAUCGCGUAAUGGCUUCGCGAUUGUGAAAUCGUUUAAUUUGACGGAAAGGCUGCCUAAAUCCUGUGCAACAGUGAACAAGAUUAUAAAAAUUGAUGAAUAUGUACUCCGUACUUGGUAGGUAAAAUCUGGUAUCAAUUUCAGAAUACACAAAACGUCAACUUCAAUUGGCCCAUCACGCCAAACAAAAUAAGGCAAUUUUCAUAUCAAACCUACCACAGAAACCACCUCAACUCUCUCAACCAUGAUUGCCUUAUCAAGCAACUCAGCAAACAUGUGGAUCUUCUACCGCUUCUUCUUCCAAAAACUCGACCCUCUCAUCAUGCUCUGGAGCGGCUACGUCAAUCUCCGCAACGGCUCCUUCUCUUCCUCCAUCUUCUUCAACAGUUCAUCUUCACAACACCGCGAUGCCUUUGUCCUCGAGCAAAUGUUUGCCCUCAUGACCACUGUGGCGGCCAUGACGGCGAUGCUGCUGCACUACACGGACGACAUCAAGGUGUGGCGUAUGAUUCAGGUGGUGCUCUUGGUUUGGAACUUCGUUUGCCUAAACGAUACGACUUUUGCAGUGCACUUGGCAGGGCCUUUUGAACGGGUUUCGAAGGGGGUUGAUUGUAUUUACUGUGUUGAGGUGUGCACGGUUUUGAUAAUUGUACGGCUUUGCUUUUUGAUGGGUGUUGGGAUUUGGAGGCCAAAGAUUAGGAAUGGAGUUCUUUAUCAGAGGUAGAGGUGGUAAUAAGAAUCUUUGGUGGGACAGCUAUAGACUAGGAGGAGGUAAUUAAUAGAAGCAUACGUGUUAGGUAUAAAAAGACUAUGAGAAUUCAAG